AUGCGCCCCCUCAUCAGUCUCACUCUGCCGCUGUUCCUGCAUUUAGGAAUCGCCAGUGCCACGUACACCUUGAGCGAGGUCAAGGGCCAAAUCUCAUCCUAUCUAGAUCAGAAUGGCACCCACACCACACGAUCUGCUCCUCCAUCCGGCUGCCAGCUUGCAUGCGGUUUCCUCGACUUCACCUUGCCCCAGCAUGUGUCAUAUCCUCAGAGUGUAAUCUAUGAGUUUGAAGAGUCGCGAUACUGGUCGCAGCAGCAGGAGCUUACACGACCUUCGUGUCGCUUCUCCCCUACAUCAGCAGAGGAUGUAUCUCUAGCUGUAUUAACGUUUCGCGUCACCCAAUGCAAGUUUGCCGUCAAGAGCGGCGGCCACGCUGCUUUCGCCGGGGCCUCAAACAUUGACAGCGGCGUGACAAUCGAUCUGAUUCACCUUAACCAGCUUUCUCUCUCAGCUGACAAGACCCAAGCGUCGAUUGGCGCUGGAAAUGUCUGGUAUGAUGUCUACACCUAUCUCCAGCCCAAAAAUGUCACGGUGAUUGGUGGAAGGGUGUCUGCCAUUGGCGUGGGAGGUUUGACCCUGGGAGGAGGCAUGUCGUUCUUCUCUAGUCAAUACGGAUGGGCCUGUGACAAUGUUAACACUUACGAGGUCGUGCUUGCAGACGGCACAAUCCGCCAAGUCAGCUACUCAUCCGCAUACUCGGACCUGUACUGGGCGCUCCGCGGUGGAGGAAACAACUUUGGCAUUGUAACGAGAUUCGAUCUAGCAGCGUAUCCCCAAGGCGAUCUCUGGGCUGGCUCGGACACUUUCUUGUACACGAAUGAGACUGCGGCCGCCAUCAACAACGCCUUCUAUUAUCUCGGCGUCAACGCUCCUUCGGAUCCAUACGCCCAGGUCAUCAUCGCAUACGCCUAUGCCCAAGCACAAGAUGUAUUUGUCAUUGCGUCUGACCUGCAGUAUGCGAAGCCGAUACCGAACCCUCCCAUCCUGCAAAACUUUACUUCGAUACCCGGUGCAAUCGCCAGUACACUUCGCGUCGUUGAUCUGGCAAAUCUCACGGUUGAGUUCAACAACACCAACCCAGGUGGCUUCCGCCAAACAUACUGGACCUUUACGGUCCAAAAUAGCGCUUCGCUGAUGGCCGACAUGGUCGCAAUCUACCAGGAAGAGGUCACAGCCAUCAAAGAUGUUGCGGGGAUCGUCCCCUCAGCUGUCUUCCAGCUCAUCACAACUGACAUGACUAAACAUUUCUCCAGAAAUGGGGGAAACCCGCUCGGACUUGCUGGCCAGGGUCCCCUGAACUUGAUAAAUAUUGAUAUUUCAUGGUCCAAUGCGUCUGAUGAUGAGCGCGUUCUGGCUGCGGCGCAGAAUAUGGUCAACCGCUCUGUCGCGGCCGCACGCGCUCAGGGCCUUGAUCACCCAUAUCUUUACCAAAAUUAUGCUUCAUACCAGCAGAAUGUCUUUGCUAGCUACGGCGCAGACAAUCUUGCAAGGUUGAAAUCAAUAAGUGCUAAAUAUGACCCUCAGCAGGUUUGGCAAAAGCUACAACCGGGGUAUUUUAAGCUGGGAUAA